GAAGGGGCGCGGGAACCCCCUCACUCCUCCUCCCGCAGCUCCCUUACUUCAGGAAAGCCCGAGCCCCGCUGGCUGGCUGGGUGAGCCUGCCUUGCAGGGAAAGAGGCGCCCGCCCACAGGCCCGAUCGGAUUUUGCUCUCUGCUGCCUCCUGGAUGUGCAGCUGCUUUCCCCUUGAUCUGCCGCAGCUUCUCCGAGCCCCCUGACACGGGAGAGGGAACAGGGCAGUGGUCAGCACGUUUACCCAGCUCUGUACCCCACCUUCUCUAGCUGCUGGCUGAACUCGUCGGGCGAGUGACUCCCCGGGAGAGAAGGCGGGGUGAUGGGAAGGAAUUUCCUCUCUCCCUUCCCCCACGAGGGUUUGGAAAAACCGAUCUGCCUCUCAGGGUGCUGGCAGCAGAUGCUGGUGACAUUCGAUGACAUCACAGUGUAUUUGCUUCAGGAGGAAUGGAUGCUACUGGGAGAACAGCAGAAGGAGAUCUGUGGUUCUGACAAGCUGGUGGCGCCGCUGGGAACCUCCAUUGCUAACCCGGAGUUGUUUUGUAAGCUUGAAAGAGGGGUAGAACCAUGGCUGGGAGAUGCCCCGGGCCGGAGGGAACUCCUGAAUCAUCACCUGGGGAAUAAGAAGAGGAGAUCCAUGGGAGAAAUAGACAUACAGGGAGCCACUGGAGAAGUUGAAUUGUAUCUGCCACCACGGAAGAAAGCCUGUGUUUCCCACUUCAGUCAGUCAGGAUGUGACAGCAUAGAAGACGAUUCCAUAGGAAAAGCCAAAAAGAUAUUAAGACCACGUUCCAUCCAGAAGACUUGGUUUCAACAGUUUCCAUGGUUGAUCACGAAUGAGGAGCAAACAGCCUUGUUUUGCUCUGCAUGCCGGGAAUACCCAUCUGUUCGGGACAAAAGGUCUAGGUUAAUAGAGGGUUACACGGGACCUUUCAAGGUAGAGACCCUCAAGUAUCAUGCAAAGAGUAAAGCCCACAAAUUUUGUGUUAAUGCUUUGGCUGCAAGGGACCCCAUCUGGGCAGCUCGUUUUGAGAGCAUCAGAGAAACCCCUGAGGAUGUGCUGACCAGUGCAGAGCAUCUCUUCAAUGCCGAUUAUCCUGUGCUCUACCCACCAGGAUCCCUGGGUGAUUAUGACAGUUUGGUUGAGCUUUUGCCAAACUCCAGACCUGAGCUUGGAGAAGCCACUGAAAAUGGAACAGCACCAGCUCUCUACUUGGAUUGUAUUUCGGAUGCGAGGCAGAAGGAUGCUGUCAGUGACAUCUGUACCUCGUCAAGCAUUAAUGUUUUGUUUGACGAUUCCACAGAGUUCUUUUGUCAGGAGAUGCCGGUGGUGUUUGAGGAGCUGCCAGUGGUGUUUGAGGAUGUGGCGGUGUAUUUCACCCGUGAGGAGUGGGCAAUGCUGGACAAGCGGCAGAAGGAGCUGUACAGAGAUGUGAUGCGCAUGAAUUAUGAGCUGCUGGCUUCAUUAGGACCUGCCGCUGCCAAGCCAGACCUGAUCUCAAAGCUAGAGCGUAGGGCAGCUCCCUGGAUCAAGGAUCCCAAUGGACCAAAGUGGGGGAAAGGUCGCCCCCCAGGGAAAAAAAAGACUGUCGUUACCACCAAAGAGCUUGACACACCAGCCUCUGCUGAAGAGGCUGGGCUUCCUUUGCUUCCUUUAGUGGAAGUUUGUGGCUCCUCCCCCAAUCCUGGAAAUGGUGAAACUGAAGGAGAUGUGACUGGGAAAGUCAAGAAGACUUACCGACCCCGCUCCAUCCAGAAAUCUUGGUUUGGGCAGUUUUCUUGGUUGAUCAGUGACCCAGAAGAGACCACGCUGUUUUGCUCAGCUUGCAAAGAGCACCCUUCCCUCCAUGACAAAUCUUCCAGACUGGUUAAGGGGUACACAGGGCCUUUCAAAGUGGAGACCUUAAAGUACCAUGAGGUCAGCAAGGCCCAUAAACUUUGUGUAAACACAACAGAGGUCAAGGCAGAUGCUCCCCGGGCUGCCCUCGUCCCAGCGGUGCCAGAGAUUUCUAGUGACUUAAUGGCAAACAUGGAACACUUUUUCAAUGCUGCUUACUCCAUCGCUUACCACUCCAGGCCACUGAAUGACUUUGAAAAGGUUCUGCAGCUUCUGCAGAGCACAGGAACCAUGAUCCUGGGCAAGUAUCGAAACCGUACUGCCUGUACCCAGUUCAUUAAGUACAUCUCUGAGACACUGAAGAAGGAGAUCCUGGAUGAUAUCCGUCAUUCCCCUUGUGUGAGUGUGUUGUUGGACAGCUCCACAGAUUCCUCAGACCAGUCCUGUGUGGGCAUUUACAUAAGAUACUUCAAAGAGCUGGAAGUGAAGGAGUCCUACAUCACACUAGCCCCACUCUACAGUGAGACAGUGGAUGGCUACUUUGAAACAAUCAUUUCUGCCCUGGAUGAACUGGAUAUACCAUUUCGGAAGCCUGGGUGGGUCGUAGGCUUGGGGACUGAUGGUUCAGCCAUGCUGAGCUGUAAGGGAGGUCUGGUAGAGAAGUUCCAAGAAAUCAUCCCUCAGCUGUUGCCUGUCCAUUGUGUGGCCCACCGUCUCCACCUGGCAGUAGUGGAUGCCUGUGGAAGCAUUGACUUGGUCAAGAAGUGUGAUCGGCACAUUCGGACGGUGUUUAAGUUUUACCAGUCUUCAAACAAAAGGCUGAAUGAGUUACAGGUGGGUGCGGCUGCCCUAGAACAAGAAAUCGUGCGUCUAAAGGACUUGAAUGCCAUCAGGUGGGUAGCGAGCAAAAGACGGACACUGAAUGCACUGAUUGUGAGCUGGCCUGCCCUGGCCAGCCACUUGCAGAGCGUGGCAGAAGCUGGGGGCCAGAUUGGGCACAGGGCCAAGGGUAUGCUGAAGCUGAUGAAGAGCUUUCAUUUCAUUAAGUUCUGCCACUUCCUCCUGGACUUCCUAAGCAUCUACCGGCCUGUGUCUGAGGUGUGCCAGAAAGAGAUCGUAUUGAUCACAGAGGUAAACUCUACACUAGACAGGGCUUACGUUGCUUUGGAAACCCUCCUCCACCAGGCGGGGCCCAAAGAGGAAGAGUUCAACACCAGUUUCAAGGAAGGUCAGCUCCAUGGCAUUCCCUUAGACAGGAUGGAAAUGGCGGAACAGCGGUUCCAGGCAGACAGAGAGAAGAUGAUUGUAACUGGGAUUGGAUACCUCCAACGAAGGUUUGGUGCUGAUCGGUCACCCCAGCUCAAGAACAUGGAGGUAUUUGACACUAUGGCCUGGCCAGAUGGCAUUGAACUGGCUAACUUUGGGAACAGUGAAAUCCUUAAUCUAGCCAGACAUUUUGAGCUCUCCCUCCCACCAGGCUACAGGGAAGAAGACCUGCUAGAUGAAUGGCUAGGCCUGAAGACCAUUGCCAAGAACCUUCCCUUCUCCAUGCUGUGCAAGAAUGCCCUUUCCCAGCACUCCCGGUUCCCGCUGCUGAGCCAGCUUGUGGCAGUGGUAGUUUGUGUCCCCAUCUCUACUUCUUGCUGUGAGCGGGGCUUCAGCGCCAUGAACCGGAUCAAGACAGAUGAGAGGACCAAGCUCUCCAAUGAGGUCAUCAACAUGCUUAUGAUGACAGCCGUGAAUGGCGUGGCGGUCACUGAGUAUGACCCGCAGCCCGCCAUACAGCAUUGGUACCUGACCUCUUCAGGCCGACGCUUCAGCCAUGUCUACACUUGUGCCCAAGUGCCACCUCGCUCUGAUGCAGGUGCUGAGCUCAGGAAUGAGAACAUGGGAACUCUCUUUAUGGCCCAGGAGCCAGCUGUGCGGGCCUAUAGGAAGCCUAUCAGGAUGCCACAAGAUUAUGUCACGGACUCAGUGAAUGGACUGAGGUGCCUCACAGCAGCCAAGAGACUCCAGAGCUGUCCCAACGAGGACAAGAUCUUUUGGGAGCAGAAAAGCCAGGGGCUGCCCCAGAGAGCCACUUAAAUGGCUUUGGGGUAAAAGACAGGGAUCACUGGGACAGGUUUUCUAGAGAGAUCAUCCAAAAAUUCCUUGUGGGCACUGGUCAGCUGCAGGCUGACUAGAGCCCUGCUCCUGGGAACUCACCAGGCUUAGCAGCGCCACCUUGGCAGGGCAAGUCCUUGAAGGGUUAACGUGCAGGGAAAUGUUUUAUUUUAAAAGCCCCAGGCACCCGCCUUGUCAAGAAGGACUUGUCCUCAUAACUGGAAGAGCUUCAAGCAUAGGAAAAUCUGUCUGAGUAGAGACUGUUUGGGACCUGGGCACUUUUUUCCCAGGGACCAGUGGGAAAUAUGUCAAGGAAGCUGCUGCUCACUUGCAUCAUGGGUACUACUGCACUGGUAAAGAAGGCGGGGGAGAACUUGGCUGGAAUAGGGGCCACAGUGUGAGAGGGUAAUGCCUGGUUUAUAGGGCUUCCAGUGUAACUAUUCUAGGGCGGGGAAUUAGGGGCCUCCUCAGUUCUGGGGUGGGUUUAGACAUCUAAUUGUGAGCCUGAACCUGACCAAGGGAGAAUUGUCCCCAGCUAGGGAAAGGACCAGUCACCUGCAGGGGGUGGGGCUGGAAUGAGCUAAUGGACUUGUGUAGAAGCUGCAAGUUUGAAGGUAGUGGGGUCGGAUCUUCAUUCCGCUGGGUCACCUGGCUCCCUCGAGGUUAUUCCCUUUCUCUUGUGUGCACCUCUGAGCUCUAUCAUCUGUGCCAUAGCAGGCAUAAUGCUGGCUGUCUCCAGGGGCCUGUGGAACCGUAGUCCUGUUUCUCGACCUUGACUGGUAUUUCCUUCAGUUGGUAAUGCUUCAAAAAGUAUUAACUUUAUGCCUCUCUAGUCCAAUUAAAUUUUCCACGAGCAUAUCCCUGCACUGACGUGGAAGGGCUCAUGUCUUCUGAGCAAAGUGAGCAUUUGUAUUAUCCCUAGGAGCAGUUUCUGCUUGGAGGUUUAGGGUUAGCCUUAGGUGUGGCUCCUGCUGUAUCUCACUUAACCCUUCCUUGCCUAUGAAUAGGGCCUCCCCACUUUCCCAAACUUUCCCACCUGGGAAAUAGGACUAAUGUGAAAGUGAGAGACAUAUCUGGGCCCUGGACUCAGCUUGUUUCAAAUCAGGAUCAGAAGUAAUGCCACACCCAUUGCCAUCACUGAUUAUAAAUACAGGCCAACAGCAGAAGCCACCUCUAAAUAUAAGAGCCUUCUGUCCACUGCAAUUCUCGCUAUUGAUUGUAAGGUUAUUUUUACCCAGAUUGAUGGCCCCUUUCCUAAUAGAUUUAUUCCUUAUUCCCAAGGCACACGAAGUCUCUCUGAGAACAUCUACUCCUUGGCACCUCGUGCCACUCACUAUGCAGACAUAACUUUCAUGACCUGACUGAGCUCUCGGCCUUAGGUACCAUCCCCUUUCUCUGUCCCACAUUUCUCUCUUGUAACCCAAUCAAAAUGCCUCAUUCAACCAGAGGGGUUCAGGGGAUCGAGCUCUACCUUGUCCUCUAAGCCUCAAGCUGCUUUUUUCGGCAUAACUGGAUUGGGAGCCGCAGUCCUCACCUUUACCCAUGUUGAUUUAGUGAGUCUGUUUGAGGAGCUUGGGAAUUAAUCUCAGGUGUAUAAAUGGGCUUCUGAGGAUUGGGCAUGGAUUGCUGAAAGACAAAAGUGGCUGCCCCAGGUCUUUAUGGUGAGUGGUGAUAAUCGACAUGUGCCCAAUCCCCAGUGAUCAUGAGCUAGUUCCAGAGUGACGUUCCAGAAAAUUCCUUCCAUCCUGGGGUUUGACUCCCAUUCCUAUCCUCCUGAUGUCUUCUGCUCUUUUUUCUUCACAAACACCUUGCCAACCUUGGUCUUCUGAGUGCCCAAACCAGGGCAUGAGGUCAGUUUGAUCUUUAAUACUGGACAAGGGGUUUCCUCUGUCAGAUGAAUUUGUGAUCAGAGGUGGAAACCAUGCUAGAGAAACCUAUGAGGGUCUUGUCAGGACCGAUACCAUUGCUGAAUUUCUAGUUGGAUGCACUUUGAAAGAGGCUGUCCAUUGCUGGCCUUUUGAGCUGGUCGGCCCUCAGACUGUGGUGACCGAAAAUGCUAUUUAUUUAUGAAAAGCAGUGAUUGUAGUGUACAAAUUACAUAAGCUUCCUUUAUGUAGGAUGGGAAUUACAGAAGAAAGGGGUACCUUUUCUGCUAGACAUCUUAGAAUUCUGUAAUUAACUAAAAGCAGAGGAACCUUUGAUGAAGUUUUUGCUUGAAUAUUCAGAAUGGAAAGUUCUCUGGCAGAAAUGGCCCCGGAGAAAGCCUUGAGGCUCAAAUUUAUUCUCAAUAUGACUUUCAUCCUCUGCAUUGGAAACUGGGCCCUGGAAAUUCAAUUUAAUAGAUAUGGUUCCUAUUGUGUCACAAGUGGCUUGUACAGAUGGUUAAGGAAGCAGCCAACAUUUGCCCUGGAUAAGGCUCCAGGCUGUAAUCCCCUCCUUAAAGGGACCUCUACCAUCAGUAUAUUUCCAUAUGCAUAUUACUGCAUAUCUCCUUCUCCAUGACUGAUGUCUACUACAUUCUGAGUAACCAGCAUUCUAACCAGUAGCUCUAAUCAAUAGCCAUAAGAAUUGGGGCUGGGAAAGAGGAGUUUUACCACUUCUUUUCUCCUACCUAUCCAUGUGCCAGCCAUGUUCACUCCUGUCAGUCCUAGUGUGUCCUGGCAGAGAGUUCCUUGUUUUGUGAGUAUUUAUCAUCCGGAUGACAGUAAAGACAGCCAAAACAACCCAACGCAUGCCAGUGUCCAUUCAGCCCAGAAUCCACAAAGUGGGGGCAUUGGGGGAAGGGGACCCAGUGAUGUCUUUUCCAACUAUCCUUGUUUCAGAUCUGUGCAGAAUGUUGUUGUUUUUUUAAAAAAUAGAUUUGAUUCUUAACCUUUUGCUAUCUGAAUAAAGCAGAAUUUUGUUUCAGUGUCUACUUCAGUCCUAAACAUCCCAUGGGCAAAGACUCUUGGGAAUGUGGAAGCUGUUUGGAGUUUAAAAUUAUUUUUCUGUCUUUUCAAGAGGCAGAAGGACCAAGAGAGAGAUGGUAAAAGAAGAUACUCAUGUCUCUCUGGUCUAGUGUUAUCUUCAGACCUUUCUCUGGCUCUUUAAAGAGUUGAGUUGUUUUGCAGUGGAAAGA